GUCCUUAGAUUCUGCACAAGUUCCAAGUGAUCAUGCUCCAGAUGCUGAUGGAUAUUUAGAGUCUGAGGAAGUUUAGAGUGACCAUGCUGCUGAUACUGACGGUUGUCCCCAAUCAGUUCAGGGUAUUAUGUUUAGUGGAACUCACAUUAAUUAUGGCUUCCUUAAACUGUUCAAAACCUUCCAUUUAGUAGAGAAUGUUAAUGAGACUGACAUACUAGUAGUUCCAGCAUCAAUUAAUGGACAUACAAAAACACCUACUUUGAAAUUAUUCAGAUGUUUGCUUGGGCGGAAGACAAAAAUAGUUAGUACCCGCUGGAUCAAGGAUUCUGUUCGUUUCGGGCAGGUCCAGGACAUGGAAACCUACCACAUAAAAUCUGUCGGCAAUUACGGACAAAUUAAGAGGGCAGAAGAUUAUAAACAAUUUGAAUAUCAAAUGAAGGGGAAAACCUGGAUUAAUAUUAAGGAAGAAGAAGUCAGACAGAUGAUUGAAACCAUAGGUGGGGUUGCAACAAUAAAUGCAGGACCUGCUGCUGUAAUUGUAUGUGCUGAUGAUGAAAUUUAUACAUCAGAAUGUUGUGUGGGAAAAGAAUGGCUGUUUCAAUGCAUUGUUGAAGGUCAAGUUGUACCUGCUGCAAGACAUGAAACAACACAUGUAAGUGACAGUGAAGAGGAAAUGUCUACUGUAUUAGAAACAUUUCCAUUUAGCAAGAAAAUACGUGUGCAGACAUCAAAAGAUUUUUCAAGAACUAACAGGACCCAGAAGUUCCAAGCAUGUGUCUACUGUGGCCAGCUUGAUAAAAAAAUAUCCAGGCAUUUGAUGAACCAACAUGGCGAGGAACAUGAGGUUGCAAAGGUAUGCAAUAUGAAAAAAGGUUCUGCAGAGCGCAGGAAAGCUUGGAUCAGACUUGCAGCGAAAGGAAACUUUGCACAUAAUAACAAAGUUAAACAACAAGGCUUUGGAAUAAUCAUUCCAAAAUACAGAACAUCUCAAGUCAAAGAGGAAAAAAGGUAUCUCCCAUGCGAGUACUGUACAGCCUACAUAAUAGAUAGAGAUUUAUGGAAGCAUCACAAGACAUGUGUGGCCAAACCAGAGGCUGCUAAAAGUGAUGGACCAGUCAGAAAUGCCAGACUGUUGCUACCAAAACAGUGUUCAGACCAGCUGUUUAGAGAUGUAAUUUCAAAACUGAGGGAUGAUGCAGUUGCUGCAAAAAUUAAAUGUGACCCACUCAUACUUGAAUUUGGACAAAGGAGAUAUGACAAAACAGGCAAGUAUCAGCAUACACAUACUCAUAUUUCUCAAAGACUUAGAGAAUUGGGACGGUUUCUUAUCAGAGCAAAUAAACUAGAUCCUUCAUUGAAACAGUUGUCGGAUUGCAUUAAUCCAGAAAAAUGGACCACCGUCAUGAAGGCAGUUAAAAUGGAGGCUGGUUUUGAUGAGAGUACACAAGUCUAUGAAAGUCCUUCAUUUGCUAUAAAGUGUGGGCAUAGCCUUAAAAAAUGUGCAAAAAUCCUCCGAAAUCUUGCCAAUGAACGUGGUGAUACUAGUACCAGGGAAAUGUGCAUCAAAUUUCUUGAGAAUUAUGAAGAUGAGUUUGGAGAAAGGGUUGAUGCACCUGCGAGGGAUUGUAUGAAUACAAAGCAGUACAACUGUCCAAAGCUGCUUCCUCUUGUUGAAGAUGUUGUGAAGCUGUCAAACUUUAUUACUGGUGAAAUUGAAAAAGUGAAAGCACAAAUAAAAGAUGGAAAAGGAAGGGAACAAUACUCUCGCUUGUGUAAAUUGAUACUCACUCAAGUAAUCUUGUUCAACAGAAGGAGGUCAGGGGAAGCAGCGAGAAUAUCCAAGGAAAGUUUCAAUAAGGGGUUGAAAUCCCCAGAUGUUGAUAAUGCUGUGAAAGAAUCCCUGACAAAAUUUGAACAAAAAUUGUGCGAAUCACAUACCAGAGUGGAAAUCAGAGGGAAACAAGGGAGGAAAGUUGCAGUUCUCUUCACAAGUGAAAUGAAAACUAAUAUGGAACUUCUUAUUAAGAAACAGCAAGAGAUAGAAGGAUGGAACCCUGAAAAAAUUUUUGUGCCAGUAAACUGUCAAAAUCCAUACAGAGGUUCUAAAGUCUUAAAAGAAAUAUCAAAAGAAGCUAACUUAAAGGAUGCAAACAGAAUUACCUCUACACGUCUGCGAAAACAACUUGCUACUAUGUGUCAGGUCUUGAAUUUAAGUGAAGCCAGUCAGGAUAUUCUUGCAAAGUUUAUGGGGCACGAUAUCAGAAUUCACCGGGACUACUACAGGCUGCCUCAGGGUGCCUUAGAAGUAGCAAAAGUUUCCAAAGUCCUUCACAUGAUCAAUAAUGGAAAAUUAGCAGAAGUUGCAAACAAAGACCUAGAUGAGAUUAAUGUGCAUGAGCGUGUUGAAUUGGAGCAAGACAGCGACUCAGAUGAAGAGAAUGAUACAGAGGGCUUUGUGAAAACAUAUCUGAAAGGGUUAAGAAAUACUUCAGCAAAUGAUGAUGAUGUUGAAGAUAAAGAUUGGGAGCCACCUAACAAGAGGUCAAGAAGACAAGAGGCAUCUGAUACAUCAGAAGAUGACAGUGAUGAUGAUUAUGAUUAUAAAGCACUGCCUGAGACAAAGAAAAAGAAACAAAGGGAGUACAUGAGUGAAUCAGAGAGAAGAGUGGUCCAAAGGGUGUUUGAAAAAAAUAUCAACCUCUUCAAGGUGCCAGGGAAGUUAGAAAUAAUGAAUAUUCAAAAGGAAGAACCGCUUCUUUCAAAAUACGAUUGGACUAAACUCAAGUACUGUGUUCACAAUAUGAUACAAGCCAAAAGGAGAUGCCUGAAGAGACAGUAAAUAGAAGAUAUUUUGUAGCAGCUGUUAAAAGUUAAUUCAUUGUCAUUGUCUGCAUCUAAUAAGACAGAAGACAAUAAUUCAUCUGACUGGCUUUUUGCCUCCCCGGGCACAAAGUUCCAAGGUGUGAUUUUGAGAUCACUUGAUCUCUCUUCCUUAACCCUCCGAACAUUUAUUCUUUCAAAUUUUGUCAAGAUGAUGCACAGAAUCCUUGUUGUAGGCAUACUUGCUCAAGGUUUUGGUCACAGUUCAGUGCUUGUGCCUUGGAUUUUGUGUUUUGACAAGGUGAACAUUUAAAAUUUUAACUGUAGAAAAUCUGAUACCAUGUCACCUUGUCUGAUACCAUGCAAAGCCCAUAUUCUCAGCAGUAGUUCAAAGGUUAGAUUGUGUAUGCCCUUUGCAGUGAAUUGAUAGGUUUUUUGUGCCCCCACCACUGACUGGAGGGAUCAUAUAGAUUUGGUCUAGUCUGUGCGUCCGUCUGUCCAUCCAGAAAGUUCGUUACGCACCUAGCUCAAAAAUUAUUCAAUAUAAAAUAAAUUGAUGAAACCUUGCAUGAGUCUUUAUCAUGAUAUGAACUUGUGCACCUUUUAUUUUUCGUCUGGCUCCACUCCAUAUUUUUAGCGUUAUGGCCCCUGAAAUAGUCAAAAAUGCACAUUUUCAUCUGGUGACAUACCUAGCUAAAAAAAGUAUGUGAUAUAAAUUGAUGAAAUCUUGCAUAAUUCUUUAUCAUGAUAUGAACUUGCGCACCUCCUAUUUUUUGUCUGGCUCUGCCCACUAUUUUUAGUGUUUGAGCCCGCCCGCUUAGCUCAGUAGGUAAGAGCAUUGGUCUACGGAUCGCGGGGUCGCGAGUUCGAUCCUUGGGCGGGCGUAUGUUCUCUGUGACUAUUUGAUAAACGACAUUGUGUCUGAAAUCAUUAGUCCUCCACCUCUGACUCAUGUGGGGUAGUUGGCAGUUACUUGCGGAGAACAGGUUUGUACUGGUACAGAAUCCAGGAACACCGGUUAGGUUAACUGCCCGCCGUUACAUGACUGAAAUACUGUUGAAAAAUGGCGUUAAACCCAAAACAAACAAACAAACAAACAAGAUGUGUUUGAUCAAGAACGUCAACAUUGUCCAGCCAUUUCAACACAAAAUCAUGAACACUGUUACCAGUGCAGAAUCUUAGGAAAUCUUUUUCUAUCAAAUGUUGGACUUGAUCUGCUUUUAGUUGCUUGAUUUCAUCUUCGUAUAUCAGUAAAUCGUGCAUUUGAUUUUCCAACAUCAAACUGGUUACAGCUUCAACCUUUUUUUAUGGCGUGUUCAUUUGCCAAGAAAUAGUACCCCGACAGUUUGAAACAUUUAACGUGUCUUUCAUGAACUUUUCACACUUCUCAAUCAAUUUAUCUACCACAAAGAAAGUAGACAGCUGAAGAACUUUUUUUUUGUACCCCCGACAACAAAGUUGUAAGGGGGGGGGGAGAGUAUACUGGUUUCAGGUUUUCUGUCUGUCUGUCCGUAGACGCAAUCUUGUGCGCACCAUCUCUCCUUAUCCCCUUGACAGAAUUUAAUGAAACUUCACACAAAUGAUCAGUACCAACAGUAGUUGUGCAUGGGGCAUGUUAGAUUCUUUUAGAAAAAAAAAUUGCAGAGUUAUGGGACUUUGUUUUUUUGUUACUAUACUAUAUACAUAGACACAAUCUUGUGCGCACUAUCUCUCCUCAUCCCCUUGACACAAUUUAAUUAAAACUUCACACAAGUGAUCAGUACCAACAGUAGUUGUGCAUGGGGCAUGUUAGGUUCUUUUAGAAAAAAAAAUUUGCAGAGUUAUGGGACUUUGUUUUUUUUGUUACUAUACUAUAUACAUAGACACAAUCUUGUGCGCACCAUCUCUCCUCAUCCCUUGACACAAUUUAAUGAAACUUCACACAAGUGAUCAGUAACAACAGUAGUUGUGCAUGGGGCACGUUAGGUUCUUUCAGCGACAAAAAUUGCAGAGUUACGGGACUUUGUUUCUUGUUAACAUACUAUGUACAUACAGUCUGCAUAUGCAAUCUUGUGCGUGCCUAAUCUACCAAACCCUUGCACACAAUUUAAUGAAACUUCACACUAGUAAUCAGUACCAACCCUAGUUGUGCAUGGUGCAUUUUAUAUUCUUUUAGAUAAAUAUUCUGCAUAGUUAUGGGACUUUGUUUUUUGUUACUAUACUGUAUACAUACAGUCUAUAUACAUACAGUCCACAGCCCGCCCGCUUAGCACAGUAGGUAAGAGCGUUGGUCUACGGAUCGCGGGGUCGCGAGUUCGAUCCUCGGGCAGGGCUUAUGUUCUCCGUGACUAUUUGCUAAACGACAGUGUCUGAAAUCAUUAGUCCUCCACCUCUGAUCAUUCAUGUGGGGAAGUUGGCAGUUACUUGCGGAGAACAGGUUUGUACUGGUACAGAAUCCAGGAACACUGGUUAGGUUAACUGCCCGCCGUUACAUGACUGAAAUACUGUUUAAAAAUGGCGUUAAACCCAAAACAAACAAAAACAAAACAUACAGUCCACAUAAUUAUGCAAUCUUGUGUGCGUCAAAUUGCAAUGUACUGUGUCAGUGCAUGCGGGGGGUACAUUCAUCAUCUUUAGUGAUAGUUCUAGUACUAUUCACAUUUGUGAUCUCAACAGUAUCAUCUUUUAUGAACUGGAGAAGUAAUCUGAGAUCUUUAAUAUCGUUUAUAUCUUUUGUCGCCAGCCCGCUUAGCUCAGUAGGUAAGAGCGUUGGUCUACGGAUCUCGGGGUCGCGAGUUCGAUCCUUAGGCAGGGCGUAUGUUCUCCGUGACUAUUUGAUAAACGACAUUGUGUCUGAAAUCAUUAGUCCUCCACCUCUGAUUCAUGUGGGGAAGUUGGCAGUUACUUGUGGAAAACAUGUUUGUACUGGUACAGAAUCCAGGAAUACUGGUUAGGUUAACUGCCCGCCGUUACAUGACUGAAAUCCUGUUGCAAAACGGCGUUAAACCCAAAAACAACAAACAAACAAACAAAUAUCUUUUGUCAAUUCUGGUUCUUCUUUCUUUGAAACAGCUCUUUUGACCUUGACUUUUCUCUCUCCAGCACGCAGAGUAAUACCUGAUGUAUCUUUAAGUUCCGUGUUUAAAAGAUAGUGCUGAAAACAAACAAGAUUAAUUAAUGGUUAUACUGUGUGUAGCUUGUGAAUUAAACAUUUCCAAUCUAUCUUCGUUGCGCAACCAAGAUAGGCAAAGGGAGGUAAUAAUAAUUUUUCAAACUUGCAUUUCUAAUAAAUUCCAUUUUAAUAUAUAAUUGCAUAGUCUGUCCGAAACAUUGUCAAGUACUAAUUCAGUCCGAAACAUUGUCAAGUACUAAAGAUUAUACAUUCAGUCUCGACAGUUGUUGAAUACUUGUCCACCACACUAUUGCAUAGUCUGUCUGAAACAUUGUCAGGUACUAAAGAUUAUACAUUUAGUCGCUACAGUUGUUGAAUACUUGUCCACCACACUAUUGCAUAGCCUGUCUGAAACGUUGUCAGGUACUAAAGGUUAUACAUUCAGUCUCGACAGUUGUUGAAUACUUGUCCACCACACUAUUGCAUAGUCUGUCUGAAACAUUGUCAGGUACUAAAGAUUAUACAUUCAGUCGCUACAGUUGUUGAAUACUUGUACACCACACUUUCGCAUAGUCUGUCCGAAACAUUGUCUAGUACUAAAGAUUAUACAUUGUCUCGACAGUUGUUGAAUACUUGUCCACCACACUAUUGCAUAGUCUGUCCGAAACAUUGUCAAGUACUAAAGAUUAUACAUUCAGUCUCGACAGUUGUUGAAUACUUGUCCACCACACUAUUGCAUAGUCUGGACAAAACAUUAUGAAGUACUAAAGAUUAUACAUUCAGUCUCGACAGUUGUUGAAUACUUGUCCACCACACUAUGGCAUAGUCUGUCCGAAACAUUGUCAAGUACUAAUUCAGUCCGAAACAUUGUGAAGUACUAAAGAUUAUACAUUCAGUCUCGACAGUUGUUGAAUACUUGUCCACCACACUAUUGCAUAGUCUGUCCGAAACAUUGUCAAGUACUAAAGAUUAUACAUUGUCUCGACAGUUGUUGAAUACUUGUCCACCACACUAUUGCAUAGUCUGUCCGAAACAUUAUGAAGUACUAAAGAUUAUGCAUUCAGUCUCGACAGUUGUUGAAUACUUGUCCACCACACUAUGGCAUAGUCUGUCCGAAACAUAGUCAAGUACUAAUUCAGUCCGAAACAUUGUCAAGUACUAAAGAUUAUACAUUCAGUCUCGACAGUUGUUGAAUACUUGUCCACCACACUAUUGCAUAGUCUGUCCAAAACAUUGUCAAGUACUAAAGAUCAUACAUUCAGUCAGCCCAAGUAAAACUCUUUGAAACAUUUCCCUCAUCUCUUCUCCAAGCUCUGUAUGUUUCUUUAAAAUAUCCUUGGGCGGGGCGUAUGUUCUCCGUGACUUUUUGAUAAACGACAUUGUGUCUGAAAUCAUUAGUCCUCCACCUCUGAUUCAUGUGGGGAAGUUGGCAGUUACUUGCGGAGAACAUGUUUGUACUGGUACAGAAUCCAGGAAUACUGGUUCGGUUAACUGCCCGCCGUUACAUGACUGAAAUACUGUUGAAAAACGGCGUUAAACCAAAAAAACAAAAAACAAAAAAAAAAAAUAUCUUUUGUCAAAUCUGGUUCUUCUUUCUUUGAAACAGCUCUUUUGACCUUGACUUUCCUUUCUCCAGCACGCAGAGUAAUACCUGAUGUAUCUUUAAGUUUCGUUUUUAAAAGAUAGUGCUGAAAACAAACAAGAUUAAUUAAUGGUUAUACUGUGUGUAGCUUGUGAAUGAAACAUUUCCAAUCUAUCUUCGUUGCGCAACCAAGAUAGGCAAAGGGAGGUAAUAAUAAUUUUUCAAACUUGCAUUUCUAAUAAAUUCCAUUUUAAUAUAUAAUUGCAUAGUCUGUCCGAAACAUUGUCAAGUACUAAUUCAGUCCGAAACAUUGUCAAGUACUAAAGAUUAUACAUUCAGUCUCGACAGUUGUUGAAUACUUGUCCACCACACUAUUGCAUAGUCUGUCUGAAACAUUGUCAGGUACUAAAGAUUAUACAUUCAGUCGCUACAGUUGUUGAAUACUUGUCCACCACACUAUUGCAUAGUCUGUCUGAAACAUUGUCAGGUACUAAAGAUUAUACAUUCAGUCUCGACAGUUGUUGAAUACUUGUCCACCACACUAUUGCAUAGUCUGUCAGAAACAUUUUCAGGUACUAAAGAUUAUACAUUCAGUCGCUACAGUUGUUGAAUACUUGUCCACCACACUUUCGCAUAGUCUGUCCGAAACAUUGUCUAGUACUAAAGAUUAUACAUUGUCUCGACAGUUGUUGAAUACUUGUCCACCACGCUAUUGCAUAGUCUGGACAAAACAUUAUGAAGUACUAAAGAUUAUACAUUCAGUCACCACAAGAUCUUGCUUCCUUUCUUCAACUGGCCAGAUUCCAUCAUGGGUUCCAGAGUUAUGGCCCCUUAAAGGUCCAAAAUUGGCUGUUUGGCUUUUGCAGCCAUAUAGAGACUUCAUUUAUGGUUUUAUUUGAUACAAACUUCCAAAAUAUCUUCAACAACAAUAAAUCUUGGAUUCCAUGACAAAUCAGAUCCAGUCAUAGGUUCCAGAGUUGUUUUAUAUCUGAUUAUCUCCCCUGAUUGGAAUCAAAAUGGAUUUAUAUCAGUAAGUACUUACAGGACUUAUUUGAAAUUUCAUUACUGUUAUUAGUUGGACUGAGACAAUCAGGGUAGAUAACUAUGGACUGAUUUUAUGUCAAAUUACCUCCCUUUAUUUCAAAUUAAAAUUGUUAUAUCUCCAUAACUAAUGAAGAUACUGAUCUGAAAUUUCAUUUAUGUCAGCAGAUUUAUUUGGCAGAUCCUUCUUUUGUCCACUUACAAUAUUUUUUUUUAUGUCCACUUACAAUAUUUUUUUUUUAAUUACUUCCCUUUUACGUUACUAUAAAUAGCUUUUUUUAGUAACUUUUUUAUUAUUUGCCGUAGGGAAAACACGAGACCAGUUUUCUGUGGUACCUCCAAUUUUUAGGUGUAUUUUAACAUAUCUAUAACUUGUAAGGUUUUUUAUCUUUUUGGUUAAAUUUCUUCCCUUUGUUGUUCCUGUCCUUUGGACUUAGAUAUUUUUUCUGAGGACCUUCUUGUCCUCAAGUGCAGUGAUAACAGGUGAGCGAUAUAGGGCCGUCAUGGCCCUCUUGUUGACUUUAUCUGCAUGAAACAUGGUCAGAAUUGUUUAUCUUGAUGUUCUCUAGGUUAAGUUCGAAUCUGGAUCAUGUGGGAUUAAAAAAUAGGUCACCAGGUCAAGUCAUAGGAAAAGCUUGUGAACACUCUAGAGGUCACAUUUUUGACUGUAUCUCCAUGAAACAUUGUCAGUAUGUUUAUGUAGAUGAUCUCUAGGCUAAGUUUGAAUCUAGGUCAUUUGGGUUCAAAAACUAGGUCACCAGAUCAAGUCAUAGGAAAAGCUUGUGAACACUAGAGGUCACAUUUUAGACUGUUUCUUCAUUAAACUUGGUUACAUUGUUUAUCUUGAUAAUCUCUAGGCUAAUUUCCUAUCUGGGUCAUGUGGGGUCAAAAACUAGGUCACCAGGUCAGAUCAUAGGAAAAGCUUGUGAACACUCGGGUCACAUUUUUGACUAUAUCUUCAUGAAACUUGAUCAGAAUGUUUAUCUUGAUGGUCUCAAGGCAAAGCUCGAAUCUGGGUCAUAUGGGAUUAAAAACUAGGUCACAAGGUCAAAUCAUAGGAAAAGUGUGUGAACACUCGAGAGGUCAAAGUUUUGACUGUAUCUUCAUGAAACUCGGUCAGAAUGUUAUCUUGAUGAUCCCAUGGUUAAGUUUGAAUCUGGGUCAUUAUGGGUCAAUAACUAGGUCACCAGGUUAAAUCAUAGGAAAAGCUUAUGAAGACUUAAGACAUCACAUUUUUGACAGGUUUUACCCUACUUAUGACCUGUUGUAAGCUUUCCUUGAAUUUGAAGAUACAGCUUUAAACAGGUGAGCGAUAUAGGGCCCUCUUGUAUAGACUUAUAUAGGAAAAACUUCAGUAAUCUUCUUCUCCAAUAUUGCAAGACCUAGAGCUAAGAUAUUUGGUAUGUGGCAUUGUCUAAUGGUCCUCUACCAAGAUUGUUCAAAUCAUGGCCCUGGGGUCAAAAAUGACCACACCCAUGGGGUCCCUAGUUUAAUAUAGACUUACAUAGCAAAAACUUUAAUAAUCUCCUUCUCCAAUACCGCAAGGCUUAGAGCUAAGAUAUUUGGUAUGUGGCAUUGUCUAAUGGUCCUCUACCAAGAUUGUUCAAAUCAUGGCCCUGGGGUCAAAAAUGACCACACCCGGGGGUCCCUAGUUUUAUAUGGACUUAUAUAGGAAAAACUUCAAUAAUCUUCUUCUCCAGUAUUGCAAGGCCUAGAGCUAAGAUAUUUGGUAUGUGGCAUUGUCUUAUGGUCCUCUACCAAGAUUGUUCAAAUCAUGGCCCUGAGGUCAAAAAUGACCACAGCCGUGGUGUCACUAGUUUUAUAAAGACUUGUAUAGGAAAAACUUUAGUAAUCUUCUUUUCCAAUACUGCAAGGCCUAGAGCUAAUAUAUUUGGUAUGUGGUAUUGUCUGAUGGUCCUCUACCAAGAUUGUUCAAAUCAUGGCCCUGGGUUCAAAAUUGACCACACCCGGGGGGUCCCUAGUUUUACAUAGACUUAUAUAGGAAGAAUUGUAAUAAUCUUUUUCUCCAAUACUACAUGGUCUAGAGCUAAGAUAUUUGGCAUGUAGUAUUGUUUAAUGGCCCUUUACCAAGUUUGGUCAAAUCAUGGCCCUGGGGUCAAAAUUGACUACACACAGGGGGUCACUAGAUUUACAUAUAGUUAUAUAGGAAAAACUUGAAUAAUGUUCUUCUCCAAUACUACAAGGGCUUAAGCUAAGAUGUUUGGCAUGUAUUAUUGUGUAAUGGUCCACAACCAAGAUUGUUCACAUCAUGGCCCUGGGGUCAAAAUUGAUCACACCCAAGGAGUCCCAAGUUUUACAUAGACUUACAAUCAUAGGAAAAAAUCUCCAAUCAGUGGCUGUCAGGUGAGCGAUAUAGGGCCAUCAUGGCCCUUUU